AUGGAGGAAUCAAUACAAGCAGAUCCAAAUCCACCACCGCCUUUCCACCCAACAAAUCCAUUCGCAGACUAUCCCACAACCCCACCCCCAGCCUACAACUUCCACAUCCGCGACCCCGAAGCCGGUCUCCCACCCUUCAUCCAAUCACAACACAACUAUCCCCACAACACACCCAUCACACCCCUUAAGACCGUAGCUACAAACAUCACAUAUCGCUCUUCGCCAAAUUAUCCCCGCUACGUGUCCACGAAUAAGUAUUCCAACCAGAAAAAGUAUAAUCGCAGGAGGAUUAUGUGCUUUUGUUUAGCGGCUGUCGUGAUAGUUAUUAUUCCGCUGGUGAUUUUGGGGACGGUGUUUCACUGGGGGAGGGAAAAUAGUUUUUGUGUGAGGUGGAGUGAUGGGAGUACGAGUGGGGACUGUUGA